CGAAUAUCACGUUUACUUUUUCUUAUGUAUAUAUAUACACAACUCUGAGUGCAUAGCUCCAUUUCAGUUCCUUCAUCUCUAUCCUUGAGCAUAAGGCAGAAAUUUGGAGGAAGAAUGGAAUUCCCUAGUGAUCAAUCAAGGGAAAUGUCUCCCCAGAGGAAAAACGGAAGGGGGAAGAUUGAGAUCAAGCGGAUCGAGAACACGACGAAUCGUCAAGUCACCUUCUGCAAACGCCGCAAUGGCCUGCUCAAGAAAGCCUACGAAUUGUCUGUGCUGUGUGACGCCGAGGUUGCUUUGAUUGUCUUCUCUAGCAGAGGCCGUCUCUAUGAGUACGCAAAUAACAGUGUGAAAGCAACCAUUGAGAGGUACAAGAAAGCAUCCUCUGAUUCCUCAAACAAUGGCUCUAUAUCCGAAGCCAACACUCAGUACUAUCAGCAAGAAGCAUCGAAACUGCGUGCUCAAAUCAGUAAUCUGCAGAAUCAAAACAGGAACAUGCUUGGUGAAUCAUUGGGGGCUUUGACACUGAGGGAUCUCAAGAAUCUGGAGAGCAGGGUCGAACGAGGAAUUAGCAGAAUCCGGUCCAAGAAGAAUGAGUUGCUAUUUGCUGAAAUUGAAUACAUGCAAAAGAGGCAGGAGAUCGACUUACAUCACAAUAAUCAAUUCCUUCGAGCUAAGAUAGCUGAAACUGAGAGAGCCCAACAGCACAUGAAUUUGAUGCCGGGGAGUUCAGAGUUUGAACUUGUUCAACAACCUCAGCAUUUUGAUGCUCGAAACUAUCUUCAGGUCAAUGGCCUGCAACCUAACGAUGAUUACCCUAGGCCAGACCAACCACCCCUCCAAUUAGUCUGAUACAUAUAAUUACAAAAGCGCCUAGUGCUGCUGGUUCGUAUAAACGCUUCUACCAUAGUAAUUAAGAAUGAGCAAUUAGCUAGCUUGGUGAUUGGAGAAGACAGAUCAAACUCUUAUCUGCAGGCCAUUGAUGGAUCAUCAUGCUUCAUUGAUUGAUUACAUAGACUUCUACUGUAUGUUAUCUGAGUAAGUCUGCUUAAUUAUUCUACAUAUAUAUAUAUAUAUAUAUAAAUGUUUGAUGUGUAUGGAAAAACACUAGUGGUUUGAUAUAGUUCUUGAUGAUCUGUCUGUUUUUCAACUAUCAAUGUUGUAUUCUUGGGCAACAGUAGCAAUAUGCAUCCAUGGUUUCAUGUGUGGUCUGUGGCCUGACAUGCUUAAGCUAGUGGUUUAACAGUUUUUAAAUAAUGAAUA